UCUUCGGAAGGAAAGCCUGCCGUAAUACAGUUAGGCUCGUUUUUCUUCUUGCGGAGACUCCAGAGGGGAAACAGGUGUUGUGUCGAUACAAGCAGUUUUGUCUCCCACAGGGUGCUCUGUCCAGCAGUUUUCUGUCUGUAUUUCAUCUCCUCUUCCUCUCCUCCACUCAUCACCCAGCCAUGUCAGGCGAUAUUCUGCAGCGACUCAACACCUUGACCCUGAGCAUCAAGCACUUCAGCCGGCUGCCCCACUUCUCGGACCUCAUCCCAUCCUCCUUUACUUCACCCAGCCCAACCAUUGCCGCCUCUCAGGUCCCCAUUCUGUUCCAAGAGCCCUACAUCCUGUCGGGCUACCGCCCCAUCCAACAGCACUGGCGCUGCUACCUGUUCAGCCUCUUCCAGAGACACAAUGAAUCCCUGAACGUGUGGACUCACUUGUUGGCAGGUCCUGUGCUGCUGCUCCGCUGGUGGGCCAACGUAGGCGCCCUGGGGUACACCAUGGACUUAGCCUCCCUACCUCUGAGCCUCUUCCUGGUGUCUUCACUCACCUAUCUGUUUUUCAGUGUGGCAGCUCACCUCUUGCAGUCUCACUCUGAACAUGCACACUACUUCUUCUUCUUCAUGGACUAUGUGGGUGUAGCUGUGCAUCAGUAUGGUUGCGCACUUGGCCAUUACUUCUACACAUCAGAGCCAGUGUGGAGAGAAAGCUACAUCGGGCUGCUGUAUCUACCUGGAGCCGCCUUCUUUGGGUGGCUCUCCUGUGCAGGCUGCUGUUUUGCUAAGUCCAGGUAUCAGCGGCCAUAUCCAAUGCAGCGUAAAAUCUGCCAGCUGAUCCCGACCACCCUAGCAUACAUGCUGGUCAUCUGCCCCGUAGUCCAUCGCCUGUUAACCGUCUCCUGGACACAGGAGCCCUCCCUGCCCUUCCACGCCCUCCAGAUUGCCUCUUUCCUUCUGUCCGCCCUCUUCUUCUCCUGUCCCAUCCCUGAGCGCUUCUUCCCGGGACACUGUGACUUUGUGGGUCAGAGUCACCAGAUCUUCCACAUGCUUCUGUCCCUAUGCACCAUGUUCCAGCUGGAGGCUCUGUUCCAGGAAUACGCCAGGCGCAGAGAUACAGCACUGGAGGUAUUUGGAGAGAGGCAGCUGUGGUGGGCUUGUGUAGCCUUCCCAGCCCUGUUCCUUGGUGGCAUCCUAAUAGCACUCAUCACAAUGAGGCACAUGACCAAGCAACUGCAGGGCAAACAAGAGAAAGACAAGUGACAAGUGUUGGUAAA